AUGGCGAUGGCUUACGCGGCCCUACCUAUGGGCACUCCGGGGCCAGCUCGCCAGGUCCGCAGUCAUUCUUGGUCGACGAAGAUUGGCGUCGCGUUGCUCAGUGCCUUCGCACUCGCGAGUUUGUUCAAAAACAUCACCUUGGAUUCAAGCAGAGCCUCGCAGGAAUUGCCCUUGCACGCAGAGGAGACCUUGGCGAGAUGUCGCGUGCUUCAUGUCAAGCCCGCUGCUCCUACAGAAAAACGGACGGUCUCCGAUCGUUACGUCCCUGGCGAGGCGCGACCUGUGCUCAUAAAAAACGCGACCAUUUGGACAGGAGGAAACGGCGGGGCUGAGAUCAUCAAAGGGGAUGUGUUAUUGGAGAAGGGCUUGGUGAAGACGGUCGGGAGAAUCGAUACUGAGACUCUCGCGGCGUACAGCGACUAUGCCACUGUGGACGCGCGAGGGUCAUGGAUUACACCAGGAAUCGUAGACUUGCACUCUCACGUCGGUGUCGAGCCCCAUCCAGCACUAUCUGGAGCCACCGACGGCAAUUCCCUUCAUGGGCCAAUUCUUCCCUACCUACGUGCAGUGGAUGCAUUGAACACGCACGAUGAAGGGUUCCGUCUCGCUGUAGCAGGCGGCGUGACUACCUCACUUGUCUUGCCAGGCUCUGCAAAUGCCAUCGGCGGACAGGGUAUUCUCAUGAAGCUCAGGCCGACAAAAGAGAGGACGCCAACCUCAAUGCUGUUGGAACCUCCUUUUUCGCUGAACGGGUCGGACGUGGAUCUGCACCUUCCGCCCAGGUGGAGGCACAUGAAACACGCUUGCGGCGAAAAUCCAAGGGGCGUCUAUGGCCAGACGCGUAUGGAUACGACUUGGCAAUGGCGUAAAGCAUAUGACAAGGCCCGUCAGAUUAAGAACGCCCAGGACGAUUAUUGUCUCAAAGUUUCCGACGGCGACUGGACUAGCAUCGGUUCUAAAUCGUUCCCUGAGGAUUUGGAAUACGAGGCUCUGGUCGACAUUCUCAGAGGGAAAGUCAAGGUCCAAACGCAUUGCUACGAGGCCGUCGACUUCGGUGAGUUUGUGCGGUUAUCCAACGAAUUCAAGUUUCCUGUCGCCGCAUUUCACCACGCUCACGAAGCGUGGAUUGUCCCUGACCUACUGAAAAGUGCUUACGAGCAUCCGCCGGCGAUAGCCAUGUUCGCUAGCUUCUCUGGCUAUAAGCGGGAAGCAUAUAGGCAUACAGUGUUCGCUCCUCGAAUAUUGGCUAAUGAGGGUAUUGAGGUGGUCAUGAAGAGUGAUGCGCCUGCUAUCGUAUCCCGAUACCUCAUGCACGAGGCUCAACAAGCACAUUACUACGGCCUUCCGGAGAGCAUUGCCCUUCGGUCUGUAAUCACUACUCCUGCUAAAGUGCUGGGCGUGGAUCAUCGUAUCGGUUACAUCGAAGAAGGAUAUGACGCAGACGUCGUGGUUUGGGAUUCGCACCCGCUACAGUUAGGCGCGACACCUUUUCAGGUGUUCAUCGAUGGCAUUCCGCAGAUCUCGGUCCCUCAUUUGAGCCCGAAAGCGGAUUCUCAGCAGCAACCACCCAAAACGCCGGAUUUCUCGGAAGACGUUGCUCGGGAUAUACGUUACGAAGGCCAUCCUCCCCUCGCACCUCAGUCUUCGAAGUCGAACUCAGGGUUGGUCGUAUUCCAGAACAUCUCAAGCAUGUGGAUGAGCGAGGAGGGCAAAAUCGUCCCUGUUUUUAAAGUGGAAACCCCGAGCUCGGCGGUGCUUGCUAUACGAAACGGCAAGAUCGUUUGUAAGAGCACCACUGACGGAUGCGCUAGCUUUCUCUCCGAACCUGGGUCCCAUCACGUGAACCUUCGGGGAGGCUCAGUAGCACCCGCUCUCGUGUCCGUGGGCACGGCACUAGGGUUGGCCGAGAUUCCUAUGGAACCUUCCACCACCGAUGGCCCACUCCCGGAUUCCUUGCAAGGAGACGUACCAUCAAUUCUCGGCGACCUUCCGGUGAUCAGGGCCGCAGAUGGCUUCCAGGCGCACACGAGAGAUGCCCUCCUUGCAUGGCGCUCGGGCGUGACGAAGUCCAUCACGGCGCCCAUGAGCGACGGUGCUGCGUUCCUACAGGGACUCAGCACCGUAAUCGACCUCGGCGCUUCCGUCAACCAAAAGCCGAUAUUGCAAGAUAUCGCGGCACUGCACGUAUCAAUCUCGCACAACGUGCUAGCCAGUGUGAGCACUCAAAUCGCGGUCUUACGUCGCCUCUUGACGGAAAAGGUCCCUGGAGAAGCUGGCAAAUGGUUCCGAAAGGCUGCUCAGGGCUCCAUACCAUUGGUAGUAAACGUGGACAGCGCCGACAUCAUCAGCACACUGCUUCGGCUCAAAGCGGACGUCGAAGACUCGUCCGGUCGUGCAUUAAAGCUAACUUUGCUCGGGGCCGCUGAAGCCCACCUACUGGCUCGGGAAAUCGCGGAGGCGGGUGUUGGAGUGAUUCUUACCCCACCACGACAAUUCCCCUAUGGUUGGGAGCAACGCAGGAUACUUCCUGGUCCGCCCCUGAGCGCCGAAAGCGCUAUCACACGUCUCUUUAGGCACAACGUCACCCUUGGGAUAGGUCAUCAAGGUAUUGGAAAUGUCCAGGCCAUGAAUAACUGGGCGGCAAGAAAUGCUCGCUGGGACGCGGCUUGGGCCGCUUUUGAUUCCAAUGGUACUAUAACGAAGGCGGACGCCCUUGCCCUAGUAUCCACCAACAUAGAGAAGCUGCUUGGCAGCCACGGUGACUCGAUUGGUGAUAUGGUUGCUACCGAAAGCGGAGAACUGCUCGACUUCGAGGGCAAGGUUGUUGCCGUUCUGUCACCUACUCGGGGCGUCGUGGACCUACUGUGAUCCAUAUUGGUUCACCGCGUAUCGUUCGGAUAGCAUUGAUGGCAACUAUAUUAUACAUAUACCGUUG